ACCACUUUCCUUCAACCCUUCACUCUCACCCACUCGAAAAUGAGAACUGCGUCGAUGCAAGGGCCGGUCGCCCUCGGCUUCCUCUCCCUCCUCUUCCUCCUUCCUCCGCCGGCGACCUCCCAGCUCAGCCGCGGAUUCUCGGCCACUCCCGAUCCCGCGGUAGAAACCUACCAGCAGCUUCUCGACGGCGGUGAGUUCACCUUGGGGUUCCGGCGAGUACGCGGCUCCCUCCUCGUCCUCGCCAUCGUCCACUCCGGCGACAACCUCACCCACACGCCGGUCUGGACGGCCAACCCAUCUCGACCCGCCAGGUGGGCCCCUACCACCGAGCUCUCCUUCAACGGUACCCUCACCCUCACCGAUUCUGGCACCGUCAUCUGGUCAACGUCCGGUCGGGCCGGCGACAUGGUCCUGUUCCAGCGCAUGGCCAAUCUCCAGGUGGUCAAGGGAGACAUCGACGAGGGCCGCGUAUGGCAGAGCUACGACUAUCCGACGGACACGAUCGUGGAGGGGCAGAAUCUCACGGCCGGGACGCCGCUGGUGUCGUCGGCCUCGGACGACCUGUCCCCGGGCGCCUACUCGAUGCGGCUGGACCUCGCCGGUUUCGGGCUGUACGCCGACUUUGGGGGCGGGGCCCGCCUGCAGCAGUACUGGAGGAGGGAGGCCAUGCAGGAGAAGGCUGUGGUGCGGCCGGACGGCGGCCCCGUCUACGCGCAGGUGAGCGUCAACGGCUUCCUGGGUAUGUACCAGAACGGCUCCCCGCCGCUCGACGUGCUCUCCUUUGACAGCUUCCAGCGCCGCACCGGCACCCGCAUUCUCCGUCUCGAGCCGGACGGCAAUCUCAAGGCGUACUACUGGAACGUGACCAGGUGGGUGCCCGACUUCAAGGCGAUCUUGGACCCCUGCGAGCUGCCGGCCGCCUGUGGCCAGAUGGGACUGUGCCAGCCCGGAGGGACCUGCCGGUGCCUCGACUCAACGGCUGACGGUGGCGACACGGGUUCGAAAGGGCCAGCAAUGUGCGGACCGGCGGCGCCGGCAGGUACGGCGAAGGAAGGGUCGUGCCGGUUGAAGGUGACGGAGCUGCGGACCAGCGGCGUCGACGUCCCGUACGAGGAGCUGAUGGUUUUCGAGAAGAUGGCGUCGCUGGGCUCGUGCGAGGCGUCGUGCGCCAAGAACUGCAGCUGCUGGGCCGCCAUCUACAACAACGUCUCCGGGGCGUGCUACCGCCUCGACUACCCCGUCCAGACCCUCCUUCAGGUUCCCGACGGCAGGAAGUCCGCCUACGUCAAGGUGGUGGAUCCCCCUCGAGUGAUGUUCAGAAGGAAGUCGUGGGCCGCCGCAGAAUUGGCGGUGGUGGUGAUCGGCUGCGCCGUGCUAGUGGUCGUCCUGGCCGCCAUCGGCCACAUGUGGUGGUUGUCGAGGAGGAGAAAGUACGGCGGGUCGCUCAGCGAAGGCUUGGCGCCCGGCCCGUACCGUGAUCUCGACGAGAGCUCCGGUGGGUCAGUCGAGCUAUCCAAGGCUUAGACACAAAAAAAGGGUAGGUCGGUAGAAUUUUACCUGAUUAAGCGGGUCAGGUUUGAAGAGCUCUAAGUUGAAGAAGGCCAAAAGGUCAACACUCAGAGAGUGCAUCAAAGGCCAGUAAUCGCUACAAACCAGGUUCUUCUCCUCCAUUCUUGACUGCUUUCCCCUGCAGAUGGUAUUUGACAAGGAAUCACCAUCUGAAAAGGAUCUGCAGAGUUUACCAUCCACUCUCCAAGGGCAUCAACAGCACUUGAAAUGGAAGAUUGAGUUUAAGAGUCAGAGGUUUGAGUUUCAACGGAGAAUGGUGUGAUAUACAACCCCUACAAGGCAUGCAGGGGUGCUUCAUUAAUUUUUGUUCGGUGCCAUCUGUUCAGGCUGUGUUAAUUUUGGUCAGUAGAACGCCGGACACCGAAUACUGAUGCUCCUCCCUUUGAUCUUAUUAAUAAAAGUGGUGUGUAUAUAAGAGAUACAUGUAACCAAUUGGAAGUUAAGUUGAACACGUUUACCCGUAUAAGCAGGUACACACUCAAGAGAUGGAUAAGGUGCUUAAGAAAAUUCACGUAGGGUGUGCCGGAAGUACCUCACCAUGUGAAUUAAUUUAAGAUCUUAAGAUUUUAGUUUGUUAAGUUUUCAAUAAGGAUUUGAAAUAUCUUUACGUAUAUAACAUGCAAUAAUUAAUAGCAUAAACAUAUAAGAAAGUCC